AUGUUUCAGGUACCACAAGGGAAGGGGUCUGUCUCUAAUCCAGGCUGUGUGGCUUCACUGAAUUGUCUUCCAGAUGAGCUUCUUGACAAAAUCUUGUCCUUAAUUCCCAUUAAAGAAGCGGCUUCAACUUCUGUUCUCUCCAAGAGAUGGAGGACACUGUUUGCUGUCCGGCAUGAUCUCGAUUUUGACGAUUCCAUCUAUUGGUACCACGAAGAGGGUAAACGUGAUAGGGAAGACAUUCGAAAGAGUUUCAGGGAUUUUGUGGAUUGAGUAUUGGCUUUGCAAGGCGGUGACCCUAUAAAAAAGUUCUCACUUAAAUGUGAGGAUGGAGAUGACGUAGCUCAAGUUGACCGCUGGAUAUGUAAUGCCCUGGAACGCGGUUCUGAGCUUCACCUAGGCAUAACAUCAAAAUCUGAGGCGCGGUGCCUUUUCCCAUCAAGAGUCUUCAACAGCACAACACUGGUUAAGCUCUCAUUGGGAACCAAAUUCAGCAUCGAUAGUUUCCCUUCAGAUACAUCUCUCCCAGCACUCAAGGUUCUCUUCCUUGAUACAAUUUGGUUUGAAGUGGAAGAAUUCUCUGACGUGUUUCUCGCUGCUUGCCCUGUACUUGAGGACUUGACCAUACAUCACAAGUUUUUUUCAGGAAUGCCAGACGGCAUAUUUAGCAAAACCAUUAAGAGGCUCUCGCUUACCUAUGAUUGUCCUUGUUGUGCUGAUUGGUGUAGCUAUGUUGAACUUGACACGCCGAGUGUUGUCGACUUGUAGUAUUCUGUUUAUGCUCUGCGUUUGUAUCCACAUUUUACUUUGGAUUCACUUGUCAAUGCUACACUGGACCUUCAUUUCUUGAAACAUACAACCCAUGGGCCCCAACUUGACCCGGAUGUGACGGAUCUCAUCUGGGGGAUACGCAACAUCAAGACACUUCACUUGACUUCUUCUGCUGUUGAGGUGAUUUCUGUAUGCUGCAAACGUGGACUACCGGUGUUCAACAACCUCAUUGAGUUAGUGUUUUCCAGUUGCAAAAAAAGUGGUUGGAAAGUGCUUCUGCCACUUCUGCUGGAACAUUCUCCAAACCUAGAAACUCUGGUUCUCUCGGGUCUCGAUAGUUUGCGUGCAUCUGUGGGGAUUCACAUUCCCCCGAAUAACCAAGUAAAGAUGUUGCGUAUCAUGCAUUAUCAAGGAUGUGCAAACGAGCUGAAACAGAUUAGCCAUUUCUUACUGAAAAUGGAGUGUCUUGAAGUGGUGAGAAUUCACGCUGCACCUGCAAUAAUCGAUGACCCCAACAAGGUGAAACAACUCACAGAUGAUCUGCAGAAGCUUCCCGCAGCUUCAACCAAACUCAAGAUGCAAAUCAUGUGA